GCAUACUAUUUUCGUUGACACGAGGUUCCCCCCCUGUUUACUCUUGGAGCCUGGGAGCAGACCUCCAGGACUGUGGUCCUCGCGCUGAGAAUCUCCAUUUCCUUCAGUCCAUUCUCAAAGGCUGUUUUUAAGCCCAUAGAGUGCCUGCUCGGAGAGCAGACCCCCACGACGUCCAGGAGACAAUCCCAAAUCCCAAAUUCAGAAUGCAGUGUACCAGAACGUUUCUGUUCAAGGUGUGCUUCAGCCUGGUGGCCUCUUUGGGUUCCUGUAGCUGUAAGCCUCUGAGCAACGACAUCUCUCUGGAGGACCCCGAAGGACAUUACUCGGAACAGGACCUCCUUGAGGAGGAAGACGCUGAGUCGAGGCUGGAGAACCUCUUAGGAACCAUGAAGGAGGGCUUUCUGAGGAAGCUGAACAUGUCCGAUGUGCCACUGACAGGUGACAGGAUCUACCCUCCCCAGUUUAUGAUGGAGCUCUACAACAAGUAUGCCUCCAACAGCACCGCCAUCCCUCAGUCCGAUGUGAUUCGGAGUUUCACCGUUCAAGAUAUCACCUUCUCAGCAACAAAUGGCACCAAGACAGCACGGAGGCUUCAGUUCAACGUCAGUGUGCCCCACCACGAGAAGGUCACGGCCGCCGAACUCAGGCUGUUCCUCCUGCCGGAUGUCCGGUCAAGGGUCAACUCUCCCAGGGUGAAGGCCAUGAUCAAAGUUUACGAGGUGAAUUACAACGAUGAGGACGAACCAUCGUCACAGCUUUUGACGGGAAAGGUCGUCAAUGGCCGACACGGGUCCUGGGAGAAGUUUGACGUGACCAGAGCCGUUCAGAGGUGGAUCAAAUCGGGGCGUGGAGAGAGUGAGUUCGAGGUGAUGGUGGAUAACAGGGACUGCUUCUCAUAUGAAGGAGGCUUUGGGAAAGCGUGCUGCUGGGACGUCAGCGUCUCCAUUGGAGAUAACACCUCGGCAGCGUUGAUCGUGUUCUCUGACGACCUGGAGAGCAGGAAGAGAGAGGCGAAGAAGGAACUGAAAGAGAUGAUGCUCCACGAAGAGGAAACCACGUUGAACCCUGAAACGGAUUGGCAACUGCUGCCGAACGAGAUCCCGGAGUCCGCACCUUCGCAUCCGCGGCGGACGAGAAGGAAGGCGGAGCGCGAGUACUGCCGAAAGACCUCGCUGAAGGUCACCUUCAAGGACAUCGGCUGGGACAGCUGGAUCGUGGCGCCGCCGGAAUACGACGCGUUUGAGUGUCGUGGUCAAUGCUUCUUUCCUCUGACGGACGAGAUGACGCCUUCCAAACACGCUCUCAUCCAGACACUCAUUAACAUCCGGAACCCCAAGAAGGCCAACAUGGCGUGCUGCGUGCCAAUCAAACUGGACCCCAUCACGGUCAUGUACCAUGAGAACGGGCGCCUCACCAUCAGACACUUGUACGAGGAGAUGAAGGUGGCAGAGUGCGGCUGCAGGUAGUGGGAGGUUGUUUGUGUUGGACCGGGGGAAAAGCUGAUAUUUAGGCCGAAUAGGCUCAACUCCUAGCCAAAAGAUUCUGGUUUCAAACCCCCUGUAUCUGCAGUCUACCUGUAGGCAUCUGAACGCAAGAUGCCCCAACCCCUAAAGGCUCCUUCUAACAAAAUGUGUCUGCUCUAUGACUUAAUAGUAGUACAUGGUAUACAGCUCAACUGCCAUGCAUUUUUUGUUUAUUACAAAAGUCCAAAAAAUGUCCAAUGGCCAAAGUACAUAGCCCCUUAGAUACAUGUCUGCUAAAUUGGGAAAUAAUAAUACUUUAUGGAAAGGAAUCUUGUUUGGCCCUGUGACGUACAGCAUGAAAUACAUUUAACGUAAGCAUGUUACAUUUCAGAUAAAAGAGUGUUAAAGACGUUACAAUCAAAAUGUCUGUUUUACAUUUAGUCCCUUUAAUUCCCUCUAAAGACCAAACAUAAUUCUAUUGUCAAAUAUGAUCUUAUUUUUCCCUUCUUCGUGAGUAAUAUGUAAAUAGGAUUUGUAUACAAAAAAGGUCAAAAACAUAGAGACAUUCUAUAGGUGUAUUAUUUGUGAGUAAGGAAUAAAGUUGUAUAUUUAAUUUAGUCACUGUCAAUCAAUUUAAAUUAAUUGAUCCAUGAUGCAUUGAUUGUUUCUGCAUGUUAAUGACUGUUUUUUAUUAUUAAUAAUAAUAAUAAUAUUAUUAUAUAUCAUUAUGAACUGUUAAUAUGCUAUUGUGUAAAUUUGUACAUUCUAUUAUCAAUGUUUUUUUUUAAGAAUGAUUAAUUAUGAGAUCAACCAAUAAACCAUCAUGAUAAAAGGGAUAAACUAGUAAUUGGAAUACUGUUCGGAUGCACUCAACUUCAUCAUAUCAAUAUAUAAAUUCUGUAUUACCGUGUAUGGAAACAUAUAAUAUAAUAUAUGUACAUGACUCGUAGAUAUAUUAUAGUAUACUAUAAUAUACAUAGUCUACUACUUAUAAUUGGAUAUUAAAUCAUUUAAGGUUAAUGCAUAAUGACCAGAAGUGUGUGUGUGUGUGUGUGUGUGUGUGUGUGUGUGUGUGUGUGUGUGUGUGUGUGUGUGUGUGUGUGUGUGUGUGUGUGUGU